AUGGCUGACGUCCGGUCCAAGAACCUGUACGAGCUUCUUGGCAAUGACCACGAAUACGAUUCCGACAGAGAGCCGGCUCCUCCUACAAAGACAGUAGACAGGCCAGCCGCUCGUCAUGGAAAGCGUGACGCUCCCAAGGAAGCCCCUGCGGCUCCUGCCCCUGCUGCCGCUCCCCGAGGCGGUGGCCGCGGUGGUCGUGGUGGCCGUGGAGGCAACGACGAUGCCUUCCGUGACCGCAACGCCGGAAGCUACAACAACCGUAACCGCCCCGUCGAUGAAGUGAAGGAGGCUGGACGCCGUGGUUACCGAGGCCGUGACGACCGUGGUGCUCGCACCCGCACUGACCGUCACCCCGUCCGCAACACCCAUACCGAUACCGAGAAGCAGGUCGGCCAAGGCUGGGGUGCAAAGAAGGGCGACGCCGAGUGGAACGACGAAAAGGCCGGUGAGGCCAUCGCCAAGGCCGACGAGAACGAGGCCCAGACUCCUGCCGAGGGAGCUGAGCCCGAAGAGCCCAUCGACAAGUCCAAGUCCUACGCCGACUACAUUGCCGAGCAGGCUGCUACCAAGCGCACUGAGCUUGGUGUGCAGGAAGCCCGUGCCCCUGCUUCAACCGGCAAGGACAAGAAAUGGGAGGCUGCCAAGGAGCUCCGACGCGCCGAAGAGGAGGAUAACUACAUCAAGCCUCAGGAAGAAAAGGGCCGACGCGAGAGACAGCGCAAGGAGAAGAACAUCCUCGACGUUGACAUGCGCUUUGUCGAACAACCUCGCACUCGCGGAACCGGUGGUGGCCCCCGUGGAAGCGGUGGACGCGGUGGUGGACGUGGCCGUGGUGGUGAUCGUCCUGACCGUGGUGAUCGUGCCGAGCGUCCUGAGCGUGCUGAACGUGGUGGACGUGGAGAGAACACCCGCGGCGGCCGUGCUGGCGGCUCUGGUCCUACCGUUACCGUUGACGAGAAAAACUUUCCCAGCUUGGGAAGCAAGUAA